AUUUUAACCUACUUGACUUUUCAACUCAAGUUAAAUCGUAGGUAUAGUCGAUUUUACAUUUUAAUUCCUAACUAGCACUAUUACUCUCCAAAGAAUAUUAAAUCUAUUACGCAAAAUGGAUAAAUUAAGCAACGUCCGAUUACAACCACUACAAAAAUCAAUGUACAUCAAGCCUUUGUCUCUCACUUACGAUCAAAAUGGUAAGCCACACAAAUGGGACUUUCUCACUGUACAUGACAGUGUGGCUAUAAUUCUGUACAACACAACUAGAAAUAAACUCCUGAUGGUGAAACAGUUUCGACCGCCAGUCUAUAUAGGAAGCAUUCCGGAGAAAGACCGCACUGAAAUCAUUGACACUGAAAAGUAUCCAGCUUCACUAGGUGUAACUAUUGAAUGCUGUGCUGGGAUUGUUGAUAAAAAUCUUUCACUGGCUGAAAUUGCCUCAGAGGAGAUCUUGGAAGAGUGUGGAUAUAAAGUAGAUGCUAACAAACUUGAAAAAGUAGCUGCAUACAAAUCUGGUGUAGGAACCUCAGGUAGUAUGCAAACUUUGUUUUACUGUGAGGUCACUGAUGAUAUGAAGGUGGCAGGAGGUGGAGGAGUGGAUGAUGAGUUGAUUGAUGUGAUUGAGAUGAGCAUUCCAGAGGUGCAAGCGUACAUGAAGCAGGAAAUGGUUGUGAGUCCACCCAGUUUCAUGUUUGCCAUGCAAUGGUUCUUAGCUAAGAUGAAAGUACCUGCUGUGUGAUUUAUUGUACAAAGAUGUUAUUUAGAUGUAAUUUAUUAUUAUCAUGUAACUUGCAAUGCAUUUACUGCAAUAAACUUUUAGAAUUUUUGUCACAUGCAAAA